AUGGGUGGAUUACCUUCACGUGACGUUACACCUACUUUCUAUUCUCUCCGCUAUGGAACCCAUGAGGUUGGUCUUAUUCCUUUAGUGUAUAGAUACUUCCACAGUGAUAACAAGGAGUUGCGACAGCAAUAUAUUCGCAUGCGAAAUGAUCCAAGUGUACGAUAUAACUUUAUGCGAAAUCCGGAGAGUACUAUGAAGGAGUUACCACCUGCAUCCUAUACAGAGGAAAAGUUAGAUAAGUUUCUGGAUAUGAUUGAUGAAACACUCUAUGAUUCCACAGAGGUGAUGAUUUCAGAUGAUGAGGCAACUUUUCGGCCUGUACCAUGUGCGGUUUGUUUUGUCUACGUGAAUGGAAGAGAAGGAUCGGAUUGUUUUUCUUUCUAUGGUAGACGAAUUAACAUCAUUGGUCACUUUGGUUGUCACAAGUAUGAAGAUAAGAUGGAUGAUGAUGACUAUCUCUAUGCACGAAAGGCCGUAUUAAAAGCUGCUGGAGACCGUACCUUGGAACGUGUUGUCACCUUAGCCGCGAUGAUGUUAAAAGAAGAAUUCUGUCGGGCCGUGAUAAUCAAACGUCCUGUUGAAGACGCCUUGGAACUCUUUCAACGUCGACUCUCCCGACUCCCGCUGAUAACCACAACGCCGUGGAAUAGUUAUCCCACGUUAAAGUUCCUGCACGACACGGCGGCUCUCCUGUGGGCGGUGGGAAAUGUGCGGGAGGAGAGCGACAAGCCGCGCCUCUCCACGUAUGAAGUGCAGCCGAGCGGCGAGAGUGGACUGCGGAUGGAGAUGCCCGGCACUUUGUUGGUGCGGACCAUUUUGUGGAUGGGCCAGACGCUCGCGCCGUCGAGUGUGCGUGGGUCGUGGGAGCAGUUUGUGCUGGACGAUGCGCAGCUGCAGCGGAAGGAGCAGAUCCUCACACGGUGGCUGGCGCAGAGUCCGGCGCUGGAGACGUUUAUGGGCGGCGUGGAGUUCACCGCGCGGGUGCGGCGGCACUUGUCGCUUUUGUUGAGUGAAGUCGUGCGGGCCCGCGAGACGCCGUCGGAGAAUGAGACGUUGUGGUCGCCCGCGCAGGAGUACAGUCAUGAUGGGAAACUCUACAGGAUCUUUGACUCGCCCCUGUGUGGACCGUUUCUCACCACGGUGAAGGUCCGACGGGAGAAGAAGAGUGAGGGGAAUAAUAGCAAUAAUAGCAGCAGCACGCAUAGGAAUACAAGUGGGAGCAACCACAGUCAUUCCAAUACAAUGGGGAAUGAGCAUUGUAAUGGUAAUAAUAAUAAUAAUAAUAAUAAUAAUAAUAAUAAUAAUAAUAGUAUUAAUGGGGUUAUGAUGAAUGGUUGUAAUGGGAAUGGGAUAGACAUGCAGGAUCACAAGACAAAUGGAAGUACAUUAGAAAGUCUAACAAAUCACAUGAGCGAAGAUGGGAAAAAACGCGGACUAGGAACUAUGCAUAACCGUGCGCAGAGCAACAAUCAUAAUAAUAAUAAUAAUAAUAAUAUUAGUAAUAAUAAUAAUAAUAUGAUGAUGUUACCCUCGCAGCUCCCCCCACCGCCGCAGUAUCAAGAGGCGGUGAUGAAUACUCUCAUGCCCUCACCGUACUUCACCCACGCACCCCCACCACCCCCAACGCCCGCCACUCUCUCUCCCAUUCCUCUGCACGCCGCUGCCGCUAUGCAAGUCAACACAUCCCCCAAUAAUAACAUGAGCAGCACUCUCGCUAUUCCUCAACAGCCAUCUUCUCUAGUGCUGCUGCAGCCCUACGAUACCAGUAAGACCUUCACGCCACACACAGGCCCUACACUAGUGCCAAUGUAUCACAGCAGUCCCAAUCCAAAUACAGCUGUUCCUGUGCAAUCCAUUGGAAUGCCGUAUGUGGUGAUGGCGGCCCCGGGGCAGUCCCUGCAGCCGGCCCAUGUUGUGGGAACCUCACCCAUGGUUAAUGGUAAUGUGAUCAAUAAUAACUCUCCUAAUAUUAACAAUCUUAAUCCUAAUCCUAAUAAUAAUAAUAAUAAUAAUAAUAAUAAUAAUAAUAAUAAUAAUACUAAUAAUAAUCCUAAUACUAAUACUAAUGGAGGAGUUGAUAACGGUGGAAUCCCGGCAUUUGUGGCCUCGCCAAAUGUAGGACCGCAGAACAAUUUUAACAUGACAUCCAUUGCGAAUGCACUUAAUGGGAUGACAAUAGUGGACUCCAUGUGCACACAGGCAGUUGCGAAUUAUGUAUUGCUGCCAGACGGGAGAAUUGGAUUUCUAAAUCCACAGCCAACACCCGCGGUUGGAUACUGGCCGUAG